AUGGGCAGAGCAGAACGUCUCAAGUUGCUUUUCGGGGACGGAGACGGAUCUCUGUUGCAGACAAACACCCGGUUGAAAAUGCCUGUGCCUGUGCCUACUGUGUCUGUCGUCGAGGUUCCUGAGACUCAGCCUGACGAUGCAGCAGCCAAGGAACUUUCUCAUAAAGCGUCAGUUCACGAACAGCAGAUCAAGGACGAAACCUCUCAGAAAGCGCCAGUCGAGGAAGCCGAGGCCCCCAAGACCAUCGUCCACUCAGAAGACCAAAACCAGGAGGCACCGAAAGAUGAAUCCGAGGACCAGUCUGUCACCAUUGUUGAGGAUCCUCCAAUGGCCCAGGAAACAGAGGUAUGCGUGUCUAGUAGCUUUUGCCCUCUCAUCGCCGUGUCCAGAUUCCCAUACCGGUUCAUCCACGGAGACCCCUCCCAGCCCGUCGCAAGUGCUUUCUUUGAUGAGGGUAAAUUCUGGAAACGUCGGUGGAACAUAUACUACAUCCAUGUCCCGCUGCACAUCAGCCCCCAACCACUCCUCCUCGUUCCUGUCAGCCAGGUCGAAAAACUACUCAAAGACAUUAAUCGGAAAUGCGAAACCACCUGUUCCCUUCCAUCAAGCGAUGGAUUCGUCCUGAACUUCCAGGAAGACGGCACCCCCCAGCCCAUAUUCCUUGGUCGGAGUACCAGCCGGGAGAUGAAAGAUUACCUCGAGUCGCGCAUAAAACCUGUGCCGAACAGCAUAUUUGAAAACGACGCAAUUCCGGAAUACCAGGCUUAUGAGCAAAAGAUCGAAGCAGCAGUUAAAUUGACCAAGAACAAAAAAGGUGCCUCAAAGGCUAAGAAACAGCUCGUCCGUAUCCAGACGGAGCACAAAUGGAUCCGGUGUCUGAAACGAAUGCAAACCUAUUUUGGCCUGCGUCGUGAUCCCUCCAACAACCAGGACCCUGACCCCUCCAAUCAGCAAGAGUCGAGCCAGCAGCCAAACGAGGGGGUGGCGGAAGGAGAAGAACCGGCGUGGAAAUCAGUUCAGCUGGCCCCAAGUUUCGACGAGCCCGCUCCGUAUGUAUUCCUAAACGAGCCGGUGUUUAUCAGCGUCGAUGUUGAAUGCAACGAACGAUGCCAUUCUCAGAUCACCGAGGUUGGUCUUUCGAUACUUGACACACGGGACCUAGCCGGCACUGCUCCAGGCCAGGAAGCCGCCAACUGGAUCUCCCGAAUCAAAUCCCGCCAUCUACGCGUAGUGGAAUAUGGUCACAUCAUCAACCAUGACUUUGUCCCCGGAUGUCCCGAUAGAUUUGAAUUUGGAGAAAGCGAAUGGGUCAAGCUAGAGGACAUGCCGUCAGUUGUGGACAACUGUUUCCGAUCUUACCUCCCUGAGACCGCAGGCGGUGAAGACGCCCAAGCUGAACGACGCAACGUGGUCCUUGUGGGACACAACCCAUCUGCGGAUGUCAACUUCUUCCUCGACCUGGGUGUGCCCCUCUUCAGAGAAUCCAAGGAGAAGGGCGUGUUCCUGGACACGGUCGAUACAGCUGAAUUAUUCCGCGUGUCUAGACAGGAGAUGAACGUGCGGUCUCUGGGUAGUAUUCUUGCAACGUUUGGAAUUACGGGGUGGUAUUUGCAUAAUGCGGGAAAUGAUGCGCGUUAUACUAUGGAGGCCUUGGUUCGAAUGUUGUUCCAUGAGAGCCAUUUCUACCCUCAUGACUUUGCCGCGGGAUGCGUUUCAUGA